UGAACUUGUGAAUUAACUUUUGAAUUAGUGCUCUGAAUUUUAGUUUGCUUGUACUCACUAUAUUUGACAGCGCAGAAUUAUAGUUGUCUCUGAGAGAAUCGUGUAUGUUUUCUACUUUUGUUAUUCGAGUGUCUUCCUUGGAUAAUAUCACUGGAAAAAUGCAUAAUGGAUGAAGAGAAUUAUCCAAAUCCUUUGGCUGCUAAUUUGAAACAGUUGAAGGGUGAUUUCUCCCUUUAUUGUGUGUGGUUUUUGUUUGUAUCAUGUGUAGUUUGUUUAACAUACGAACAAUUUUGGCAAGUUUUUGGUGUGGAUGUUUAUCUUUAAAACUUCUCUCUUUAUUUUUAAAUUUUUAUUUGUUAAUUUUGUAAAUUUUAAUUUUUGUUUUUGUUUUUUGAAACGAAAACAAACGUCUUUAUUAAUAUAAGAACUUUCUGUCCAAGAGAAUUAUACAACGAGUAUAAUAAAGAAGUCUAGACAAGCGAAAGAGAAACUAGAAGGAUCAGAAGGUGCACCUGGACAUUUCAACUAGGUUGACACCCUCUUAGCACCAAAAACAUCAUAUCCAAAAUAAGAUUAGCCUAUUAAUUUUAAAGAUGGAUGUAUUCUUUACGUGUCAAUUUUCAGGACUUAAGAAAUAGGUUUCCCCUCUUGUGGUCAGAAAUUUCUAUUAUUUUGAACUAUUUGCUUCCAAUGACUGGAGGAUGAUUCACAAAUUUCUGGAAAUGAAACUCCAAACCAAUAUUUAUGACAAUGCCCUUAUCGGUAUUGAUCAAGGCUCUCUUAGUGACAUCAUCGGUGCAGAAGGUAAAUGGCAGGCAUGGGAAAUUUCCAUCUUAAAUUUGAAAAAUGGACAACAUGAAACAUAGUAGACCACUAGUGUUGAAAGGAUAUGGAGGUUGGCUUAAGGUUAAGAACCUUCCCCUUGAUUUAUGGAGUAGAAGUGUUUUUGAGGCAAUUGGAGAUCAUUUUGGAGGCUUCAUCAAAAUAGCCACAGAAACACUAAAUCUCACAAAUUGUAGUGAAGCUCGCAUUCAAGUAAAAAGGAACCUUUGUGGAUUCGUCCUUUCAACAAAUGAAAUUUCUGACCACAAGAGGGGAAACAUCUUCUUACAUUUUGGAGAGUUUGAAUUUUUAAGCCCUCCAAUCUCCAGAAAAUCACCCAGUGUGCAUGAUGUCUACAAAAACUCCCUUGAUCGACUAAGAAUAAGAGAAGCCUUGUUUGAUGAGGGCUGUGAUCUCUCCUCCUUCCCACCUAUACUUAGUGUCCCAAAAUCAGUUUUUGCAACCUUGCCGAGGAGUAGAAGUCCAUUUCAACCUCUACAACAUUUUCCGGCCACCUCACCGGCGCCAGAGAAGAUGAAUAGUUCUGGAAAACAGGUGACAGCCAACUCCAUUGGGCGGGAUCCUGAACAGCCUUCACCUUUAAUUAAUGACACUCCUAAGGGACACAGCUGUCUCAAAAAGCAACUGGGGCCCGCGGGUAUUAAUCAAAAUCCCAUUAAUUCGGCUGCUGGAGUCCUAAGUAGAGAGAGAAAAAAGGAAAAAGCAUCUUUAAUUACUAUCAUGCAGAAUUAUGAUAUAUCCUCCAAAAUAAUUAAAGAUGACUGUUCUCGUUCCAACCAACGGCCACUACCAAAUCCAGCCUCCACAGAUCCUUCUCUCCCUUUAGUUUCUGGUUUCUGUAACAAGCCUAAAUCAACAAAAGGUGGUAAUUCUCUCCAAGUUCACGCUCCAAAAAUUCUGAAGCAUUAUAUCCGGAAACAUACAUCUUUCAAUAACAUAUGGACAGCCUUAUUAAAGUCCGAGUUGGAUGGAGGAUGUGACCUCAAAAUCCCAAUUUCAGCCCCGUCUCGGAUGCACCGUUCAGAGCCAUCUAUUUCAGCAAACAAUCCAGACCUUUUGGAGGUUUACUGCUCCAAAAUUCAGUCUUCUAAUUGCCUCACCAGGCUCCCCUGGUCGUGCUGCCAUUGACGUGCCCACCAAGACCUUGGAUUCUCCAUUUAGUGUCAGUAGUGAGGAGUCUUUGGGCUUCUUAAAUGAUUUUGAUCUCAAGAGUAAUGAAGAAAUUGAAGGGGCAGACCUCUCUAUUUUAUUUGAUGAAGCUGGCGCUCUUCCCUUCCAAGUCCCCUCAGAAUUGCCUAAGGAUCUGCUGCCCUUAGUGAAUGAUUGUGGCAUCAUCUUGGUUUAAUAAAAGAUUGAUAAGUCUUACUCCCUCUUAGUCAAUGAUUGUGGCAUCAUCCGGUUGCAUCUUCUUGCAUGUCUCCAAUUUUGAAUGUUUUCCUUAUGAGAGACUUUUCGUUAUGCUUUGUUUUCAGUUCUCUUUGUUUUGGUUUGGUUUAGCUUAAUUUUUUCUGUUUGGAUUUCACUUUUUUAGCUUGAUCAUUGUGAUUGUUUUUCUCUUUGUCGUUUUUUCCCUUUAGUUUUACCCAAGUUCAUCUUUGUCUUAGUUUGUUUGGACGAUUUUGUCCUCUUUUUUUGCUCUUUAUAUAAUUCUCUUGUACUUUGAGCAUUAGUGUUAUUUAUUAUUAUUAAUAAAGAGGCCUGUCUCCGUUUCAAUUUUUUUUAAGGAUUUAAGUUUUUGUUAGUAGAAAGAUUGAGAAGAUUAUGUGAGAUUUCCUAUGAAAACCCUUUCCAGAGAACACUAGGUUAGAUGAGGCAUUGUGUCUAGGUCGAUUAGUUAGGGAGAGCUUAGACAUCUGGAAUUUGAAACUUCAGAAUGAGGCCUUGCAAUACCAAUGAUUACAGCAGUUUCUUAUAAAGACAUUGACCCUCACCCAUUUGAAUGGGCCCCAUUACGUCAUUUAAAAGGCACAACCAAUAAUACUUGGUUAGCCUCUCCCUCCUUUUCUAAAUAUGUUUUUCCUCUGGGUUGGGAUGGCCUGAAGACCUAUUUUUGGUCAGAUUGUUGGUGUCUUGGUGGAGCACAAACUUCUUUGCCUAGAUUUCCUUCUCUAUUAUCAAUCUUCAUCUAGGCAGCACUAUAUACCAUUAUUUCCCUUCUUUUUGGGUCCUCGUUUGUACAACUUGGGUUGUUGUAGCCUUGUCUAACUCAGGAGUUUGUGUGUAUGUUGUUGCCCUUGCCUCUUUUUUAUUCUUCAGUUAUCUUCGUGGGAAUUUGGAACAUUAGGUGUUAGGUUUUCUAAUUCUUCAAAAGGCUUCUCUUGCAAUAUCUUUUUCAACCUUUUAGCAGCCCUUGUUUCCAAUGAUCUUCUACUCACUAUGGAAGGUGUAUACUCCAAAGAAGGUCAAUUACUUUGGAUCGAAUUUAGAGACUAUUCUUAUGUCUUUGAGACCAAAAUGUUGUUUUCUCUCCAAGGAGGUGUUAAGGAUCUAUGUCAUUUGCCAGGCAGUGCCAGUUUUCUUGCCAUAUUAGGGAUCGCAUGUUUGAGACCCUACAAGUGAGGUAGCUUGGUUCGUAAAAGAGAUUGUUCUUGUACGAUGGAGAAAGUGUUUCUCCAUGGAAGCUGUCUUUGCACAUCUGCUUGUUUUGCCAUCAAUAGGAGUAUAUGACUUGUGAGAAAUAACAGGAUCUUUAGAGGGUUUGAGAGGCCUUGGUUUUUAAUUUGGCCCAAUGACUUGCUUUGGGCAAUAUCCUGCUAGGGUAAUCUGAGGGUGAUUUCUUUUUGGGAUUCCACGGUGGAUAAGGUUUGGAAGAGGUUCACUUAAUGGAAGAAUAAUAUUCGAGGUAUUUCACUUGGGAAAGAGUUGAUGGAGUAAGAGGUUCGAGGAGGGGUAGAGCUUGGAUAUUUCAUUUCUAUCUCAAUGAAAGUUGGUUUUGGUAAAAAACUGUGUGAGGAUAGAAGAAUUGAAAAUUCAAAUGAUGCAUAGUUUUCAAGAUAAAUUCUCAGAUCUUUGAGAUGUUUGGGUGCACCUUCUGAUCCGAAUGCUUUAAUUUAUUUUCUCUUUGUAUUCUUUUUGUACUUUGAGAAUUAGUCUCAUUUCUGAUUUAAAAAAGUUUAAAUUCUCAUAUCCCUGAAGCCACACCUACAGAUGGUACCUUCAUUGCCAGGAUUGUUUCUAUAAAUUGGCAAUCUCAUAUGGGUAAGAGAAGUAUGCUGGCAAUAACUUUUCUCCCUCAUAUGGCAUAAAAAGAGUGAGGUUUCACAUUUUCUAAUUGAGGAAAAUAAGGAUUUCAUGUCUGUCAUAUUUGAAGUGGCCUAGCCUGGCUUUCCUUCAAAUGAAAUGAUGCAGAUUUGGGAAUAUGUUUUCUGUUGGAUUUCCUUAUAUCUUUUGUAAUAUUUAUUGUGUUUUAUGUAUACAUUUCUAUUAUUUAGGUUUGGAAUGUUUCUCAUUGGUUGGUGGCUGUAUAUAAGAAUACCUUGUAGUUGUUCUUAGAGAAGUAAGAAGAAAUGCAAUAAAAUCUAAUAUGCAAAAUUGUCAAGUAGUCAUAAAGCCUUCACUUCUAGAAUAGACAACUUAUUUGUUCCCGGAAUAUACAAGAAGCCCUUGAUUCCUAAUUGGAAACUAGCAAUUUUGGAGGAAAUGAAAACUCUAAGCCAAGGUAAUCAGCCCCUCCAAUGUGUUUCACUGAAGGUAGGCAAAUCCUUGAUCCGGUCUUAAUUGCAAACGAAAUCGUGCGGAAGAAUACCGAGCUAAGAGGAAAAAAGGGUGGAUUUUGAAGCUUGUGCUUGAAAGGCCUUCGACCAUGUGGAUUGAGAUUUCCUUGAAAAAUUCGUGACCAGAAAUUUUUUUGGUCAGAAGUGGAUAUCGCAUUUUUCCUUCUCUUCAUCUUUUAGAAAAAUGUUGUUUUUUUCUCCAUUUUUUCUUUCUUUAUUUCUUCUUCUCUAAUCUACUUUCCAAAUCAUCGAACUUAAGAAAUUGACAAGAUCGAUUGACCGACUGUGUGGUUGGCCGAUUGGUAUUCUUCACCAUCCCAAGACCGACAUAAACCAACCUUUGGAAAUUGAUGUGUCGGUGGUCGGUGUCGGUUUUUGCCAAAACUGAUAUCAACUGACCUGAUCACCCGUACGUGACAGGAGAAAGCAUAUUGAAUUGACAAACAUUUUAUAAAAGUGAAGAUUAAUGUAGGUGUAAUACGCAUAUUUUAUCUUUUGACGACUGAAAAACAAGUGAUUAGUUAACUGAAGGCUUUUCAGAAGGACAAUUUGAUACAUUUAUCAAUAAGCUGACUAUGGAAGAUUUCUACCAACCAACUUGAGGAAGAGUGUUGGAUUUCCUUAUAAGCCAUUUACAAUAGUUUUCCUAUAUUUGUUUAGAUUUGUAAAUUGUAAUAUUUUUUUACUUGGUAUUUCUCUUAUAUAGGAAGAGCUUGUUCUUAGACAAGCAAGAAGGGAUACAAUUAUGUUCUUCUUCUUUCCUAAGACUCUCUUUGUUUUCUUUUUUUUUCUUUUUGAGCUAGACCUGCGAUUUUUAUUUAUU